AUGUCCGGACGUAAAGUCAGAUCUUCGCGCAUCGUUAUCGACAAAUCCAACGUUUCUUCCGCAAAUGAGGACUCGUUGUAAGUUUCUGUACGGUAAAUAAAAUGGUAACUCUAGAAGAAUGGGUGAAGAUAAAAUUUUGUGAAGCAUGAAUAGUUCGCUUUGUGGAAAAUUGCUUUUUAACCAAAAAAUUUGAUGUUAAAUAUCGAUUUGGUUAGCCACGGGUGUAGAUAAUUGCGUAGGAGGAGGAGGGUUGACCUUCAAAAAAGUCUGUACAUGCAUGUCUGUUUUGUCCCAGGCACUGAGCGCGCACGCGCUAGGGUUUUUACUAUGUAAAAUUGUAAAGCUAUUUUUCAAAAUUUUGUGUCGUAUUUUUGUUGCGAAGACAAUGAUUUUGAUUGAUUUCAAGACUGAUGUCGCUUUUCAAUCAAUCAAUCAAUCAAUGUUGCUUUCGUGACAGAAACAGCUCUGUCGCUCGUCCCUUUUUUUUUUCUCUAAAUUUCGAAAAAUUCCAGCUCAUCGACUUUGGAGACGUCUCGUAUACAAGAAAAAGAUCAACUAACUCAUUUGAACAGUCGCUUGGCGACUUACAUCGACGUAAAGAAGACCUGACGCUAACAUAUGAACACUGAUGUGAUUUAAGCGUGUGCGACAGCUGGAAGCCGAAAACAACCGUCUACAAGUGCAAAUCCGCGACAUCGAAGUUGUCGAAAAGAAGGAAAAGAACAAUCUUGCUGAUAGAUUCGAAGCCGAGAAGGUCUGUUUUUCACGAGAUGACCUCCAAGAAGCAUUUUAUAACAUACGUCGAAAAGGGAUAUCUAUUAAAUUUGUAGAAAUAUUGAAGUCUAAAAGUGUUUUGGACAAAAUCAUUUAAGACUGACCAGUUGUCAAAAUGGAUAUGUAUGUAAGAUAGGGGAAGUGACUUUCUCCAAUCGAGAAAAACUCCACAAAAAAAUAAUGGAAAAACCCGUAGACUUUUUCUAUAAUGAUUAGACAACGGAAUUUUUAAAAAUAAUGGAUUUUGAAAGGGAGAUUUUUCAAAAAAAAAAAAACCUGGAAGCUCAACGAAUGGAAAAAAAAAACAAAUGAUUCCUGAUACUCCCACUUUUCGUUCUCUUACAUGGCAGGUCAUUUCAUUUUGCGGUUGAAAAUUCCCUGAAAAUUGACCAGAACAUUCUUAGAUGUACCAGAAGAAUAAUCUCAACGUCUCAACCUGCAAAAUUCUCUAGUUUUCGUAAAAUAAGGCCUCAACUUCUCUUAAUUUCACGGAUUUUUUAGUGUUUCUUUGACUUUAAGGUGUCCUUUCUUAAAAUCUAGGAAGUUGUGCGAGUACAGACUUUCAUCUGCUACAUUGAGAAGUGUUUUGACCAAUUUUUUUUAGCAAAUUCCUGACCGCAGAAUAAAAUAACCUUCCUUGUUUGUUUUUCGGCUUCGAAUAAAAUUCACUUGUUCCAGGCACGCUUGCGCCGUGCUCUCGACAUCGCCAAUGAUGAGGUUUCGAAGAACAAGAUCGAGUACGACGCGGCGAGAGCCGAAGUCAAACGCCUGAAGCCGCAAGUGGAGAAGCUAGAGCGCGAGCUUCGCGGAGCCGAGGAGCAGGCGAUGCACGCUCAGUCCAUGUCCGACCAGAGCCUCGCCAAGCAGAAGACUCUGCAGUCGCGGAACGACAAGCUCGCCCUCGACAACGACGUAAUUCCGUCUUGACAGGACUUCUCAAACGCCUCGUCUUGCAGGAUCUUCGCAAGCAGAACGGUUUCCUCCGCGACCAGGUCGAAGGGCUCAAGAAGGCGAUCGAAGACGAGAGUCUUCUCCGUGCUGCUGCCAAUAACAAGGUUCCAUUCAGAACCAACUUUUUUUCAUUCUAUCGUCAUUUUGUAUGUGAACUAUGUUAUGAACAACAGGUCUAAAUUAGAUCUUUCGAAAAAUUAUUAAAAGAAGGUAAAGGGCAAGUCCGACUUUCAGAUCUGGCUUUUUCUAUGUAAACCUAGGAAAGUGGUGUUUUAGAUAUUUGAGGCAAGAAAAAAAAAUGAAUCCAAGGGCGUGAAGUUAAUUUUUGCUUACAACCGACAGAACUGACCAUGCCGAUAUAGCCAAAAAAGAUUUUUUUUUUCGUUUUUGUCAAAUUCACGCUGCCAUUCCAAAUAAAAAAAAACGAUUGUUCUGCUUUGUUUUCGACUUCUACAAUGAAGAAAUUCAAAAAUGUCAAAAUUUUUCAAAAAGCUGUAUAGUGCAAGAAGUUUGCGAUGUCGCAGUGAGAGGCGGGCGAUAUUGCUUGCGGCGUAGUGAUAAUCUCGCGGCCACAUAGUCCAUAAUAUUGGUUGUACAUUGCGAGAGUUUUUUUUGAUAGUCUGAGUAGAAUAUAAACCACAUUUUGGUUUUUACACCUUAUAAAAAGGUGGUCCAUUAUUUAUAAGACACGCAUAUUAGAGCAUCGGGAUCGAUUUACCUGAAAGUUCUCUUCUUUUAGAAAUUGGUGAAAAGGGAAAAAAAAAACGUUGAAAGAUUCAAUGCCCUGAAGAAGUUCUGAAAAUCAUUGCACUGAUGCUCUGGACAGCCCAAUCUGGGCACAAACAAUGACACAUAAGUUGCAAUCGUUUGUUUUAGGUCAAGUCUCUGGAAGAAGAUCUGGCCUUUGCGCUCGAGGCUCAUCGUGGGGUAGUCUCGCACAUUUUUGUUAUUUUUUGUUCAUUGCGAAGUUUAAGGAACUGGAAGAAGUUCGUCACAAGCGUCAAGUGGACAUGACCACCUACGCGAAGCAGGUCAACGACGAGUACCAGUCCAAAUUGCAAGACCAACUCGCCGAAAUGCGCGCCCACUUCCAGGCCAACCUCUCACAGAACAAGGCUUCUUUCGAAGAGGCUUACAAGAACAAGGUUUGCCUUUUCUAUUAUCUUUCCACCAGAGUUUUUUUCAUUUAAAUUUACGAUUUUUAAUUUUGAAAAAGAAAAAUUGCGAUGUCUGCUGUCCACAGAGCAACUUUACUGUAAAAUAGUAUGGCGGGAUCUCAAAAUUUCCUUUCUCCAAAACUAGAAAGUUCUUUCCGUUUCCAAUUUCACCGUUGAACAGGCAAGAAAGAGCUCUACAAACUAUUAUAUUUGUCUCUAAACCCAUUUUCCACUGCCCCUAUGCCUUUGAAGUUGAAAAUGUUAUCAGAUUUCAUGGGGAUUCCUUUCAGUGGAGUUUUUUUGGAGAUUCACCCUUGGCUCGCCGGAACUCUCUUUGAUAGACUGAAAUUGAAUGCGUUCAAAGAGUCCAACCUUUGUCAUAUAAAUCUCAGGCUUACCCGUUAGCCACUACACCAUGCUCCUAGCUGGAAAAAAGCUUACGAAGUAGUUGUACUUUUGUGAAAGGUGUGGAAUUUCGAGUAAUCUUAUCUCCAAAACUAAAUUUUGAGUUUGAGCUGAUCAAUAGUUUUACAGUAGAGCGGAUUUCCUAAAUUUGAAAAAACUCCUUUUUAAUUAGAGAAGGCGCAGAGAAACCACACGGUUUUCUGAAGGAUGUUGGAAAGAGAAGAAAAAAAAAACGGAUUUUUACGGACUUCUUGUAGCUGAACGAUGCUCGAGAACGCCAGGAGGCGGCCAUGGACGAGGCGAUGCGUCUGCGAGCGCGUGUCCGCGAACUCGAAACUUCGAGCUCCGGCAACGCUUCUUUGGUACUUUCUUUUCAUCAUGUCAACUUCAAGUUUUCUUUUCCAGGUCGAAAAAUUGCGCGCAGAGCUCGAGUCUCUCUCUCGUAUGUUCCAGGACAAACUGGAGGACAAGGUUUCCGUAGAAAGCGAUGUAUUCUCUGAAUGUCUUGUUUCUAGGACGCGCGCAUUUUGGAGCUGAACAAAGAGAUCGAACGCAUGAUGAACGAGUUCCGUGAUCUUCUCGACGUCAAAAUUCAGCUUGACGCUGAACUUCGUACCUACCAGGCACUUCUGGAGGUAUUUAUUCAGAGGCAAGUUUUUGAGCAAAAAUCAAUGCGAUUCAGGGCGAAGAGGAACGUCUCAAUUUGACGGAGCAGUCGAACAACUCCAUGUCGACUCAUCAUGUCUCCUUCUCGACCGGAAGUGGUAAAUAACUUUUUCCUUUGUUCGCAAAGAUGUAUGAAAAGAAAAAGCUACUCUAGAAGUUUUUCUAAAUUUUUUAUGUUUAGGAAGCGCCAACCGUGGCGUGAAAAGACGUCGCGUUGAGGUCAACGGCGAAGACCAAGGAGUCGAUUAUCUGAGCACUCGAUCCAAGGUUUUCAGACUUUUCACGAAUUCCUAGUUCAACUUUUUUCUCGAUUUUAAUGUGGCGUAAAGAGAAGAAAAAAAGCUAGAAGCUUCUAAAUUAUUAGGAGUUUCCCGAGAACUAUUACCGGCUCUCAAUGCCUUCAUCAUCCCAAGACGGGGUUGAAAAGUAUUUGUCUUGAAUUGUAGUCGUGUUAGAUAUCCUCGCCGUUUUUAGCCUUUAAUCAUAGCUAAACUUGGGUAUAUGUCAAAAGAGCUGCGAAAAUCGAGCCUCCUCACUGUUUGAGAUAAAACUGCCAGCGAAAAAUGGGCUGCCGAAGAAAUUGCCGGGGAAAAAACAGCUGAGAGAAACGAGCUGCGAAAAUUUUGCCCCCCGUUGGCAGGUUAAUCGCGCGACUGUGCGCUCCACCGACAGCAGCAACAAAAGUUUUUUGAAAAGUCGUUCUAUUCGACGCUUUAUUAUCUUGAAAUCAAGUUUUUUUCAUUUUUUUUUUUUCAUAUUUAAUGGUUUUAAAUUACAUUGUUGAAUCAUUGAGAGUAAGUUUUGAAACGUCAGAAAAAAGGACAAGACAAAAAAAUUCAGAAGUGAGAAAAAAUGAUAGCUAAGAUACAUAAUUUUUUCCAGAUUUUGCGUUUGAUGAUCAAGUAAAAAUUUUAAUUGCGCGUUGCAUAUUGAAAAUGAUGAACAUAACAAAAUAUCAGUUUAUUAAAAAAAAACCUAAAAAAGAACAAAAUGUGAGCAUGACAGGGUUUCCCGAUGAAAAUUGUCUUAAUCUCUCGUGAAGUUGCGGAACCAAUACUCGAACUUAUCCUCAUCGCAAGAAUUCAAUCAAUCAAUCCACCCUGAUUGCUUUUAAGCGUCCUGAAACAUUUUUUUUCAUUAUUAAAAUGUUUUUCAGACUAUUAUAGACUGACUUCGCCCGAUUUCAUUCGAAGCGGAAAUUAAAUAGAAUUUUUCUACACGAGAUCACAACAAAAUGAAGAAGAAAAUGAAUGAAAACAAAUAAGAAAUAACAAAAAUAAUGAAAAGAAUUUUCCGAAAAUUCAAAAUCUGUCAUCGGCGCGUUAUCGGUGGAGCGCAAUAUGUAGUCAACUAUUUUGCCAACGGUGGGCAAAAUUUUCGCAGCUCGCUUUUCGCUGGCAAUUUUAUCGCUGGCAAUUUUUUCAUCAGCUCAAUUUUCUUAGCUCGAUUUUCACAGCUCUUUUGACAUAUAUCCCUAAACUUCAUUUUUUUUUUUCUCCUUCAGUUGAACAAAGAGACAACUGGACCUGUGGGAAUCGAUGAGGUCGAUGAGAACGGAUCGUGGGUCCGAAUCGCCAACAGCAUCGACGAGGAGGUCCACAUUGGCGGCUACAAGCUCGUCGUCAAGGCUGGAAACAAGGAAGUGAGUCCUUUCGACAGUUCUUCGAAGUUGUUAAUGUCUCCUUUUUUCCUAGUUUCUCUUUGGGCUCGGAUAAGUAUUUAGUAAAGUCAACUCUGAAUAUAGAACAAUAAUAGAAACUCAUUCUGUUGUUGUUAUUUUGACUUAACACCGCUUUUUCCAUGCUUUUGUGAUGAUUUUUAGGAGCCUUUAAUGAUACUAUCAAAAUCUGAAUGAUCAAUGUGAUUUUAUUCGUUGACAGAUUAGGCCAAUCAUCGUUUCUAGGGGUCACUUAAGAGUGCUGACGCUACUAAAGUUGUCACUAGAAAUACCGAGAAACGUCCAUUUCGCGUUACCAAUGUCCGAGUAAUAUUGUAUCAACAAUAGUCUGUUCGCCGUAGCGCAAGAGACUGUAGGAAUGUUUGAAAAAAAUGUUGGUAGUGGAAAAAAACAAGAAUCAGACGAUGAAUCAUAAAUGUUGGACCUCGACUUGCCCCCCUCCUCAUACCGCUCAAGCGGUACAAAUAGGUUAGAAUAAGAUCGUAUCAAAAGCUUUUCGCAAAUAUUUUUUGUUAGAAUGCUUUAUCCCUCCAUUUUGAUGUUUCACCUUUGCUAGAAAUUUGAAAAUUUGAUAUUUUCGGAUAUGCCUCUUUUUUUCAAUUUUCGAGUUGAUCGUUGAUCGAUGAUGAGAAACGAGAGUUCCGUUCAGGCAAGCUUCCAAUUCAACCAUCGAAUGAAGCUGAGCCCACUGGCGUCGGCCACCGUCUACUCGGCCGAAUCUGACGGAAAACACGAGCCGCCACACACGUAUGUCAUGAAGAAGCAAAACGUGAGUUGAAACAGAAAAAUGUGGGGUUUUCAGAUUAUGAUCGGUGAAAGAAUUCGUGAUAGUAUUUACAACUACAGAGACUUUUUCUUGAAAAUUAAGUUUUUUUAUUCAUUAGAAUUCUUCGAUAGUUUUUUCGAAUAUCCUCUUGAAGACCAAUGAGAAAAAGUUUACUUCCUCGUCAAAUUUCGAAGUUUUUUUUUCUUAUUGGUGGCCUUCACAGAAUUUUUUUCCUAUAUUCAGCUUCACUUCAUCAAGUUUUCUAACUGACUAGUGUACUAUUGUGAAUAGUGUGACUCUAUAAAUAGUUCACAAACACAUAUUUUGAAUACUUUUUUCUUAAAAAAUUCUUCAAAGUUCUAUUUUUUGGGAAAUCGAGUCAUUUCCUGAAAAAAUCUGAUUGAUAACGUCGAGGUGGAUUCGAAAAAAAAAGACAACUAGAAAAAACAGCCCCUAGAGAUCGUUUUACAGUGGCCGAUCGGCGAGAACCCGUCGGCGCGUCUGGAGGACGCCGAAGGCGACGUCGUCUCUUCCAUUACUGUGGAAACUGUCGAGUCGACGGAUCCUUCUGAUCCGGCCGAGCGUUGCUCCAUCAUGUAAACAUUCUUCCGACAUCAUCUCAUCUCUCCCGAUCUUUUUUCGCUUCGUCUUUUUUGAGCUCCAUCUCCUGACGAUGAUUUCUUAAAAAAUUUGUCCAACUGAACUUUUUAUGAAUUCGUUUCAAUGGAUCUCGAAAAGAUGUAAGCUCAUUUGUUUUAUCUAUAUCUCCCUACCUUUGUUUAACUUUUUUUUUGUUUGUUCUUUUUUAUUCACCGUGUCAAAAGGCACCAAAAUGUAACUUUUUUUUCCCCGUUAUCAACAUACACUGCCUCUUCUCCUAUAAUGUUUCAUUCGUAUGUUCCACAUGUCGACUCCUUUUUUCUUUGUUGCAUUUGUUCGUCGUCGAUGUGUAAUUGUGUUAAAUAAAUUUGUGACGUCCCGAUUUUUUAUUGCCGCGCAUUUUAUUCAUUACGUCAUUAAAAUCGACACGAGAAGUUUUGGCUACGGCGCCAGCAGUCCACAGCGUUGCCAGAGCUACGUCCCGCCCACAAAACACUCGUCAAUUAUGAUGUUUCUUGUGCAUCUACCGCCGACGAAAAUUACAUACUGCCGAAUUUUUAAAAUUUUCAAAUGGACAAAAAACUUUUUUUGAAGCUAAAAGAGGAGAAAUAGUAAAUAUUUGCUUAUUUAUCUUCAAUAUCAGAAUGGAAAAUGCUAAAGAAAUCAAAUUUCCAUUGAAAUUUUAAAUAUUUUAAAACGUUCUAUUGCUGCUAGAAGCAAUUAAAAAUAUGAUAUAUAAUCAGUUAUGUUGAGUGAGAUGAACUAGAUAGCCAUUUUAACUUGGUUGCUCAAUGCAUUUAUUUAAGAAUAAGAGUCUUAAAAAAUAAAACCGCCUUCUUCUCGAUAUAACUGCAAACAUUAUUCUUUUUCGUUAGAGCGCGUUAAUAGUUUUUCGCAAAAUUCAAAUUUACCUACAUUUCUCCAAAUUUUGCAAAACGUUUGUUAUCUUCUGAAGGUCAUUUAUAUUCCACCGAAAUCCCAUGGAAAGCUUUAUUUAAUACGCAAAUCAAACCGUUUUUUAAUAACUUUAGCAGAUAUAGAAUCUCGCGAGAUCAAAAAUUUCAGACUUGAAAAUUGUGAAACCUUCAAAUUUGAGCGGUCAAAUUAUUUACUUUGGGCCGGUGAUGAGCUCACGACCGGUCACGAACUAGACCAUGCCUAUUUUUGCAAUUUGGGCGCACAUCCCCCGCUUUUCCCGUUUUGGAAGGCCGUGCUAAUGAUGAUUGUUGAAAAUCCUCUGCUUUUCAUGGUUUUCAUGAAGCUUUUCUGCAAAAAUGAAAAUCUCUUCUGUAUUCAUUGAUCUUUAUCCCUCAAUUAUCUGAGACGUUUUUUCUUUUUUUUUGUAUAUAUGACUGAACCCGUUUCCUUUAGGUGGCUGGUAUGGUUGUAAACGUUUUCGUUUCGGCAGUGACAUCUGACAAUAUCAGCCGCAAAGACUCAAUUGCCUGGGUCAACGAUAAACUGAAGGUUUGCGAUGCUCUAAUAUCAACUUUUUGUGUUCAUCUUGUCACAAAUCUUGACUCAAAAAGUCGGGUACCAAGAGAAGAAAAAAAAUCUGUGAGACAAAGAACUGUCUCAGUUUUAUUAAUCACGGCUUAAGUAAUUAGUUAUCAAUUUAGCUGCACGUGUGCCUUUGCAAAAUGAUGCCGCAUAGUUAUUUUGAACAGGCGCGUUUUAAAAUUUCGUCGUUUUUUCUUUUUCUUUUUUGAUUUUUUUUUCUCGAUAUCCCUAGCUUGAAUUAUAUUGCAAUUUUUCGCAAACUGUAAAUCGGAUUUUCCAGCUUGAAGUUAAAGUAACAAUAUUCAUUAUUUUAAGUGAAUUCAACGUUGGUAAUUAAAGCUUAACCUAGUUUUUACAGAGCCAUUUCACGAAAAAUAGAAGAAUUAUCGACAGGAUCGGCCUAUUGCCAGUUGACACACUAUUUGUUUCCUGAUAAAAUUAAUUUGAAAAAGGUUUUUUUUUUCUUGUUAUUUAAGUUAUUUAUGAAAUAUUUGGCAGAUAAAGUUCAAUCCGAAGAGUGAAACGGACAUUUUGAACAAUUGGAAGACCUUGACUACUUCAUGGAAGGAAAUCGGAAUCGAUAAAGUGAAUUUUAUUUUAUUUUUCUAAGGUGUUUACUAGUUUAUUCAAGGUUAUUAAAGGAAGAAAUUUGAUUGAAAUUGUGUUAUAAAUUGAAAAGUAUGUUUCGGAGAGUCGUUUUUAAGCGCAUUUAACGGUUUACCCAAAAAAAAGUAAAUGGCUCAAAAUUGCUCGUCAGAAGUCAACCUUAGGGUUUCCUUAUGAGUUGCUUGAAAAGUUGGUUCGGUCACUUUUUUAUGACGCCUAUUUUCUCAAUUUUUUAAAGUUUGAUAAGCUAUUUGUGCUUCGUAAGUGGGCUAACGGUUUUAAAGCACCAAUUUCUUCAUUAUAUGACGAUUUUCAAAGUCAUUUUUUGAACGCUUGAACUUCUUUUUUCUACUCGAUGUUUCGUCCUUUCACCAAUAUUUGUAUUAUUCCAGCCCGUCGAUGUAGAAAAGCUGAAAAAAGGAAAGUUCCAGGACAAUUUCGAAUUUUUCCAGUGGUUUUACAAGGUAAGAGUCCUAUUUCUUUUAAAGUCUGCUUAAUCUUCUCAGAGAUUACAUUAUUUGAACGCAAAAAGUUUCUCGUUUGGUUUCAAAGCUUUCGCAUAUAAUAAUUGAUUUGAAAGUUUUUUUUUCCCGCGCUUCAUAGCAUGCCAUUGAAGCCUCAGUCAAUCGGUAUAUUUUUAAUUCAAUUGUUUCCAGUUCUUCAACGCAAACUUGCCCAACGAGGACAAUUACGACCCCAUAACUGCGCGGAAUGCUGAGGUCAGUUUUUCCCCCUUUCGGAAAGUUUCGGCUGAAUUUCAAUUUUGUCUCAUAAAAAAAAAGAAAAACGAACGGAAGAAAUUUGAUCUUUUUUGAAUUUUAUUUUCUUGUAGUUCUUCAAUAGAAUCCAACAAAAAAGGUUCCAGCCGUUGCCAGCAUUGUCCAGCAGAUCUGGAGCAGCGGUUCGAGCUGCGCCACGCUCUUCUCCUGCUGCCGCCGCCCCCAAGCCGAAGCCUCCUGCUCCUGCUCUCGGUCCCGCCCGUCGCAGUUCGUUCUUUUUAUUCGUCGCUUCUUUUUUUUUUUCGAAAACUUAGAGUAUUUGAGAUUCCUGGAUCAUUCUCGUCAUAUAAUCGGGAGUAUAACAGUUUUUUUUCAGUGAUUCAACAUUUUGAAAUUUUGCUGUUGUGCGGUUAAUAUUGAACGAUGAACAUUUAGUAUAGAUUGAUCUAACAAGGGAGGUCAUUUUACUUUGUGACAUGGAAUUUUUUAUAAAUUUGCUCAAACACUCAAAAACUAAACUUUUGCUUCCCGUGUCUUUUUCAAAAAAAAGUUGAAAAGGUCGAAAUGAAGUCACAGGACUCUUGUGGGCAACUUCUAGAUGAUUGUAAAAAAGGUGUUCGAGAUCAGGCGGCUCUUCUGGAGUAUAUUUGGGAGAGAAUAAGAAUAUAUUUUCUACUUGAAUCAAUUAUUAGCUUAAAAAGUUUUAUUAAUAAUAUUAAAUGCAAAUGUCUCAUUUCCCUGUGCAGUGCGAUAUAGUCUGUGUGCCACGACUUGAAAUUUCACGGAACGAGAUUCCCCUGUUCCGCUAGGUGCGUUCGCGAAGCGUCUUUCGAAUCUAGGUCACGCUUUCAAUUGAUCGUUAUUGCUGAAAGCACAUGAAAGUAGAGUACCUUAAUAAAAAAAAAAAAGUUAAAAGCGCGACCAAGGUUCGCAAAGGCGCGCAGCGGCACAGCGGAAUGUCGUUUGGUGAAAUUCCAAGUCGUGGUACACAGGCUAUAACGUCAACCUUUUUUUUCCAAGAUAAUUUUCAGUAACAUACUUUGUGAAUUUUUUUGAUGAUCCAUGAACUUCGUUUUGUAGACAACGCAAACAACGUUGUCCAGCCGCAGCCACAGGUCAACGAGAAUGUGAAGACGGAAUCGCAAAAAGAAAAGGAAUAUGAGCUGGAGAAAAAACAGGUCUUUCUCCAGUGUAAGGACUCUACGAAAAGAGGGAACUUCAGCUGGAAGAAAUCGCCGCGAGCCUAGAGAAGGAGCGCGAUUUUUACUUCGAGAAGUUGCGCGCCAUCGAAGACCUGUGCACCGCAUCCAAGAAUGCUCUCGCUCCUCUGAACCUCGAAGCUGUCUUGGAAAUAUUGUACAAGGUUAGAGAGAUUUAUUAGCUUUUUGGAAUUCUGAAAAAAGGAGUAGGAAAACUUUAUGAGUGCUGAUAAGAAAUGCGUUUUGGUUGCUUUUUGUUUCUUCCAAAAUGUAUAUUUUCUAAAUAAUCUGUAGAAAAUACCGUGUCCCUAUCCUGUUGAGACCCCUCAAAGUUUCCCGAUUUUUAACCAUGGUUCAAACCGGUCCUGAACUGAGCUUAGAUGCAGGCUGCACCUUUGACUAGUACCGUAGUCGAUCCAGCCUCAAGAUUUUCUCACAACGUUGAAGUACUUGAAGAACAACGAAGAUGGUGGCGAAUCUCCGGCGACGACUCCGGUCCAGAACGACGACGACGACGAGCUGCUGCUUGUUCCACAACGGAACGCCCUUCCACUCGAAGAAGAAGAGACAUUUUAA